CUACCUUAACAUAAAGCUCAAAAUGAAAAAGAAACCGUCGUCCAAGCGAGUCCAAGCAAGCGCGCUUGAACAAAGAUUUUGAAAUGGUGAAAAUGGCGGCAUAAGCAUAAAUAACAAUCUUCCCUCUCCAAAAACACUUCACAAAUGCACCAACUUCUUCUUCUUCAUUUAUAAACCACAAUAAAAAUAUAGGAAGUUUCAGAGCAUAGUUCAAGCCAUGCGCUCCACCAAGAAGCGAGCCUCCUCAGCCACAAGCUCUCUGCAACUUCAAUUCCCCACACCCAAAAAGCGAGUCGUUCUGAGUGACCUCACCAACUCGCCCGACGACGUUGGGUCGACUCGCAACUCGGAAGACUUUGCUCCCAACAAACCCAAAUGCGAAAACAAUGGCGCGUACCCCAAUUGUGAACUUGAUGAACCCACAAAGUCGGAGACUGUGAUUAGCUCCACCUGCAUGGAUCAUUUCAAUUGCACUUACUCCAAUUCUAUACACAGUCAUCUUCGUGCCCAGGAGAUGGAGGUGCACAGAAGGCCAUUUCCUGAUUACAUGGAGACUGUUCAAAAUGAAGUUUCUACGUUUAUGCGAGAAAUUUUAGUGAACUGGUUGGUGGAGGUUGCAGAGGAAUACAAGCUUGUCUCAGACACCAUUUACCUCACAAUAUCAUAUAUUGACAGAUUCCUCUCUUCGAAUGUUGUCAGCAAGAGCAAGAUACAGCUUCUUGGUGUUUCAUGCAUGCUUAAUGCCUCACAGUAUGAAGAGAUCAGUCCUCCAAAUGUUGAAGACUUUUGCUAUAUAACAGAUAAUUCAUACACCAAGGAAGAGGUGAUGGACAUGGAGAGAGAAGUGCAAAAAUUUUUGAACUUUGAGAUGGGCGUCCCUACAAUAAAGAAUUUUCUGAGAAUCUACACGAGAGCUGCUCAAGAGAAUUGCAAUUCAUCAAAUUUGCAAUUUGAGUUAUUGGGUUGUUAUCUUGCGGAGCUAAGUUUGUUAGAUUAUACAUGUGUGCGGUUCUUACCAUCAGUUAUUGCUGCAUCGGCAAUUUUUCUUACAAGAUUCACAAUCCAACCUGAGAUGCAUCCUUGGAGUUUGGCACUUCAGUGCUAUUCUGGUUAUAGACCAUUUGACUUGAUGGAAUGUGUCCUCACUCUUCAUGACUUGCAAAUAAAUAGAAAAGGAAGCUCUUUACAAGCAGUAAGAGAGAAAUACAUGCAGCACAAGUAUAAAUGCGUAGCAUCAUUGACUUCUCCCUCAGAAAUCCCUGCAUGUUAUUUUGAGGUCAUCAAUGGAUAGGCAUCCCAACAGUAUGAAUGACGUCGACUUUGGAGUCAGAACUAGCCUUGUCAUAGAAUUCCUUUUACUUUCUCUUUUUGAUACUUCCAUUUCUGCUAAAUUGGAGGGUGUAAUAAAGCACAUGCUGGUUAAGAGCUGCUCGGUUUGAAGUUGGCUUGUAUUAGAUUGCCUUAAGACAUUGUGCUUCGAAUGUUUAGCAUCACAAGUAGAGCCAUCAUUGACUGCUAUCAGCCUUUUGGUUAGUACAGAGAUUGAUAAUUCUGGGUUUGGAAAGACUUUGUACAUUGUAUGGAAUUAAGUGACCUAUCUAGGAAUAUCAUAUGAUUCAAUGGGGCUUCUGCCUCCAAUUGAAGCCUCAAAUAGUUUUAUUUUUGUAUAGCUCAAGUAAAAGAUAACAUUUUCUAA